GCUCCUUCCUCAACUCCUCACUUCAGUGUUGAGGCUACUAAAAAACAUCGGACGCUAGGGAUCAAGACGCAGCCUGCCUCUAUGUGCAGGGCACUCCACAAAUCUUUUGGGGGACGUUUUUUUAUUAUUUUUUAUUUACAUAGUCUGAAGAUCGUUUAGGAAGCUGAUAAUUCUAAAUAAGUUGAUAUCCGUGCUUUCCUUUUGGGGAUCUGCAGCAGACCAGUUAGCCAUGUCUUACCCCCAGGGUUACCUCUACCAGCCGCCGGGUUCCCUGGCGCUCUACUCCUGCCCCGCAUACGGGGCUUCAGCCCUGGCCGCACCGAGGAGCGAUGAGCUGGCAAGGUCGUCCAGCGGAUCCGCUUUUAGUCCUUACCCGGGAUCAGCUGCUGCCUUCACGGCUUCAGCCAGCGGCUUCUCCAGUCCACUGCCAUACUCUACAGACCCUGCCACCGGAUUCCCAUCUUACAUGAGCUCUCCCUAUGACGCGCAGGGCAUGGCCGGGGCUUUCGGCUACCACCCGUACGGUAGCCCGGGGUACGCCUACCAACUCAACGACCCCGCAUACCGUAAGAACGCGACCCGAGACGCCACCGCCACCCUUAAAGCCUGGCUACAGGAGCACCGGAAGAACCCCUACCCCACCAAAGGAGAGAAGAUCAUGUUGGCCAUCAUUACUAAGAUGACCCUGACACAGGUGUCCACCUGGUUCGCCAACGCCAGGAGGAGGCUGAAGAAGGAGAACAAGAUGACGUGGGCUCCGCGGAAUAAGAGUGAGGAUGAGGACGAGGAUGAUGGUGACGGGGAGAGGAAGGAUGACCGAUCAGAGAAGAACCUUGACAACAACGAGGCGUCGGCGGAGGAUGAAGGUAUUAGUUUGCACGUUGAUACUCUUACAGACUCCUGUUCAGCAGAGUCUGAUGGGGAGAAAGUGAGCUGCCGGAUAGGUCACUUAGUCAGUGAGUCUGGGUCAGAUGCUAAGGACAAAUGCGAGGAGGAUGAUGAGGACGACGAUGAUGAUGAUCACGAGCUGGAGAAUGAGGGACGUCACCGAGGCCUGUUGUCUAAACCUAUGACAUCAUCACCACUGACAGGGCUCGAGGGCUCGGUCUUAAACCAUCACCACCGGGAAAACAACAACAACAACCACAACAAAUCACGACUUGACAACCGGAUCUCUUCGGGUCCACACAAUCAAGCCGUCAAACCUAAACUUUGGUCUUUAGCUGAGAUCGCAACAUCAGACCCAAAGCAGCAUCACCCGGGACAGACGUGUCCCUCCCUUGGCCUUCUAACCUCCUCUGCGGCCUCCACUGCAGUUCCUGGCGCGGUGUACUCCGCUUCUUCCAUACUAGGACGACCUCUCUACUACACCUCUCCGUUUUACAGCAAUUACACAAACUAUGGCAACUUCAGCCAGCCUGGGAUUCUGCGGUUUAACUCUGCUGCUAACGAAGGACUUCCACAGACUGAGGCCAUGCACAAACAUACCACUGACUCUCUGGUUAAAACUAACUCAAACCACAUUGAACAACAUUUCAGAGCCUCACAUUUAGACUCUAAGAAAGGUACGUAACAUGCAACAAAUACGACAAAAAAUAAGUUAUGUGUUUUUGUGCAAUUGUAGUCUCAAAAUAAUUACUUUUAUGCAUUGAAAUUCACUUAAAUAGCCGUCAACUGAAUGUGUGAUGUUUUAGGGAACAUAGGUCCAGUUCUCAUGGCAGAAAGCCUCUGUGGAAACAUUGACAGUGUAGGCCGGAGUUCCUAGUAUCUGAAACUUAGCCUGUGUGGCAGCUUGUCUGUCAAUGCAAUAAGCAGAGAUAUGUUGCCAUAAUAGGGGUUCUAUUUUUAACAGUACUCCUUGUGAGUUCUCACACAUUAGGAACACGGCAUUAGCGGUCUAGGUUGUAGGCUAUUUUGGACACCAAAUGAUUGCUUCAAGUUUUAUAAUUGGUUUCACAUUUAGACAAAUUGUGCAAUUUAUGUAAGAACAUUAUCUGUGACCGGUUUGUCACCUUUCAUGCCGUUUUGUUUUGUACAUCUGCAACUGCAGCGCUUAAUGAUAGCUUAAUGAUAAAAGCUUCAGAAGUACAGUUAAACCAAAUUACGUUGGCAAAAGAUGGGGUGUAGAAGUGAGGUUCUAAAAGUUACAUUCUAACAGUAAGAUUCUAAACAUGAGGAUCUAAAAGUGAGGGUUCUAGAGGUGAGGUUCUAGAGGUUCUGGCAUUGAUUCAGUUUGAUUUCCUUGGUCCACAGGUAGGUGUCACAAUUGCUUUGACUAAAGCCCCAAGCUAUCACCUCAAGCUUAAAGCUAAACUAACCUUUAAAGUCAAGCGCUGCAUCUUGCUCCUCAGACAAGACGCUGCCAUGCAGCAGCACCGUUCUCCUUAGAGAGAGGCCGGAAGGAUUAAUUAAACUUAACUUUGGCCCGGGGGAUGAAUUAAACCUGACUUAUUGUAUCAUUUCACUUUCGUUUUCAUGAGAUAUGCAUUGACUGGUUCAGUAGAAUACCCUAUUUAAGUGAUUUUGGAAGACAUGUUAUUUCUCAGGAUCCAUAGUUUGCUUCAUUGCCACAGUAUAUUAUGCUGUAUGUGUGAAGAUGAUAGUAGGCCUUCUACAUGGUAUUUAUAAAGGAUGUAUGACGUCAGGAAAUAAUGAAGUUGAGGAUUCUACGUGGAAUACAUUUGAUAUUUAUUUUUUUAAUGAUGGCAAAUGCUGCCUAUAAUUUAUGCAAGUUGUAUUGCAAUGGACACUAAACAUUGUUUUGUAAAUAGGCCUAUACAUUAUGACGGUUUUUAUUCGAAACGCAUUUGAGAGUUAAACCAUCUUGUUAACAAAGUACUUUUACUAAUUUAUAUCUGAUUGUAAAAUUAAAAUACGCUAGUGUGUUAUACUGGCGAGGUAGUGAUAUUCAUUAUUCUAAGGGAAACGAAAUUAAAAUGUUUUCCUCCAUA